CGCAUGUCACAGACGCAAGAGAGAAAUCUACUGCCGCAUACCCAGUCAUACCUAGAUAUAGAGAUUAGUAGGACGUUCUUGCUUGGAUCUCAAGCUCUUGUUUUAUCAAUUCUCCUCAAACGUGGCUAGGGACUACUAGAUAUGCAACAGGACUCUAUGUUUUGUCUUCUUCCAGAAGACAUAAUUAUUAAACUAGGACAGAAUUCUGAAGAUCCAAAGCUAGAGUUGCUUCCGUUAUAUCACCUUCAAGCAAGGAGCUUGAUAAAUAUGGGAAAGAGCGGGAAAGCUGUGGAGCUAAUUGAGCACGUAGUUAAUAUCCGAGAAUCUACAGUAGCUCAGGAUCACCCAGAUCGGAUUGUGUUACAGUAUGUGCUUUCUUGUGCUUAUCAGGCUAAUGGAAAAGUCAGAGAGGCUAAAGAGCUGCCUAAACAGAAAACUGAAUCCUAGAAUUAGAAACCUACUGAG